GCGUACUACGACGAGAUAGAAAUCGAGGAUAUGGCUUGGGACGAAGAAAAGGGCGUGUACCACUAUCCUUGCCCUUGUGGUGAUCGCUUCGAGAUCUCUCGGUCACAACUCGCAAAUUACGAGGACGUUGCAACAUGUCCAAGCUGUAGUCUUAUAAUCAGAGUCGUAUAUGAUCCGCUUGACUUUGAGGAUGAACCU